AUGGACAGGGCCACAUUUGUGAAGAGCUGUAUAUUCCAUGUGUCAGGAACAGGCGCCUGUGAAGAGGUUGGGAUGGACCUUCCAGCGACUUCAGGGCUGCUCCCUCACCAGGCUGUGCCCAGCAGUGAGAAGCAACACAUUGGCAUUGAGUGUGGGGAAGCCUUUCACAGUGGAAGCAGUCAGUACCAGUGGGGUGAAUGUGGGAACACCUUCAACCAUGAGCACACACUUAUCCAGCCCCAGAACUUAUGUGCUGGGAAAGGCAUUUAUAACUGUAAUAAGUGCGGGCACCCUACUGUCAGCUGCAAGUGUGGGCGCUGUAAGAGGCAACGAACUGGCUCUCAAGAAAGGCCUUAUGAGUGUGGUAUAUGUGGGCAGUUCUUCGGCCAGAUCUCCAUCCUUGUCAAACACCAAAUAACUCACAGCGCAGAAAGGCCCUAUGAGUGCAGCGAAUGUGGGAAGACCUUUAAGCGCACGGCUGAACUCAUCAGACACUGGAGAAUUCACACAGGAGAAAAGCCUUAUGAGUGCAGUGAAUGUGGGAAAUCCUACACACGAAGUUCCAACCUUCUCACACUUCACAAGAGGGUUCACACAGGAGAAAGGCCAUAUGAGUGUGAUCAGUGUGGCAAAUGCUUUAGCCAAAUCUCCAAUCUUAUGCAACACCAGAGCGUUCACACUGGAGAAAGGCCUUAUGAUUGUGCUGAGUGUGGGAGAUCCUUCAGCCGGAGGUCCAACUUCAUUGAACACCAAAAGGUUCACACAGGAGAAAGGCCUUAUGAGUGUGGUGAAUGUGGGAAAUUCUUUAGCCGAAGCUCCAUCCUUAGUGAACAUCAGAGAGUUCAUACAGAAGAGAGGCCUUAUGAGUGUGGCGAGUGUGGGAAAGCCUAUAGACGAGUCUCCAGCCUCAUUGAACACCAGAGGGUUCACACAGGAGAGAGGCCUUAUGAGUGCAGCGAUUGUGGGAAAUCCUUCAUCCGAAACUCCACCCUCACUCGGCACCGAAGAGUUCACACUGGAGAGUUCAGUGGAGAGUUUGCCGGAGAUUUCAAUGAAGAGUUCAAUGAUGAGUUUUCUGGAGAAUUUGCCUUGGAAAGUGCACUAUGA